AUGGCUAGAGAUAACAAACGCAAGGAUGCGAAAGAUGAUAGCGAGGAAGCAGUUGAAGCUUUGGUUCGAGAUGAGCCGAAGAAAAUAGAUCCUCUCGAGGAUAGGAUAGACGAGGAAGCACUGAUCUUGCCCCACUGUGCAAGGUUUGUUUCGGCUGAGAGGCCUACAUAUUUUGUCCUGAAAGAGUUUGCGCUAAUCACUGGUUUAAAUUGUGGGCGUUAUCCCCGUGAUUCAAGAUAUGUCAAAGCGAUGGAGGGUGAAGCUUUUUUCAAAAAUAUUGAGGCUGGACAAGAAGGACAAGUUCAAAUACUGCUUGGUUUGGUUCGUGCACUGCAUAUUGCUUGCACGGGACUUGUCAAAAAUCGUGGACAUAGACACCACAAGAUGGUGGAUAACUUGGACUUCUUUGAGAAAUACCUUUGGGGUAAGGAGUCAUUUUCCUUGACUCUAGACUAUCUAAAGAAGCAGAUAGACUUCAGCAGGCAGAAGAAGAUAUUUGAGACAAAGGGAGUUUCAUCAUACGCACUCUAUGGAUUUUCCUGGGCAUUUAUGAUUUGGAUAUACGAAGCCUUUUCCGCGCUCGGCAGGGGAAAUAGUAAAUCAACUGAAGACCCGCUGCCCAUUCCCCGAUUGCUCAGAUGGCACACUUCAAAAGGUGAUAAACUAAUCGAAGGUGAUCUAUAUUUGAACGGAUGGAGCACAAAGAGAGUGCAUCCGUACCUUAACCCCACAGUCCGUGAAAUGAAUCAGCACUACAUGAAAAAGUUCAAAGCAUUUACAGAUGAACCAAACGACACAUUCAUCGAUGGCUUGAAGGCCUGUCUGGAGGGUGUGACUGUCAUUACCUCAUCGGAGGAUGGUGAGGAUGGGGAUGAUGAUCAAAAUUUGGGUGAAAAUAUUGUUUCAAAGCAUGUCACUCGGGGUGCGGGGACAAGUAAGCCGAGAUUAUCGGGAAAGACACCGAUGAUUGAAAAUCUGGAAGAGCGCGUGUUUAGGCUGGAGGAGUCGAUCAAGGACAUCGCUGAUUUCAUAAAAGAAGAGAGGAUGAUGAGAGCAGAAAAGGAGAGGCAAAAGAAGAGAGAUGAAGCUGAAGGUGUGCAGGUGCAAAGUCGGCAUUUAGCGGUGAGGGCUGGCUGCGAUGACAGCGGCAUCAAAGAAGCCCUUCUUGAGGUAGCAGCUUUGGAACAUACCUCCAUCAAUGCUGAUGAGGUGAUGAUCCCUGAAGUUGCAACUGUUGUAGAGAAGGAAAAUAUGGAUGAAGAAGAAAACAAAGCUGAUGGAUCAUCUGGUGUGGAGAAGGAGGAUCAUGACGAAGGCGGACAGGAUGAAGAUAAUAAAAAUGAAAAAAAUGAUUAUGAAGAAGAAAACAAUGAAGGAUAUGGAGAGGAAACAGAAGAGAAGAAUGCACAAGAAGUAGAGAAAGAACAGCAUAAAGAAGAAGAAAAAAGUGAUGCACCAAAAAAAGAAGGCAUCGCGGAGAAAGGUAACGAGAAUGAAUUUCCAAACUUGGAUGAAUUUCUUAAUGAAGUUAGUCAGGAAAUCGACAAGAUGAUGGUGGAAAUAAAAAAUGUUGAAUCUUUAGACAAUUAUUAA